CCAUUGGAAAUCUACAAACAAAAAUCACACCAUGGCCAUGUUCUUAGUGAGGCUUAAAGACUUUGAUCCUCUUUUUGAUGCAACUUCUCGUCUUGCUCAAAUUGCUAGAGAAGCCGAUAUCAAAUUCACACCAUUAUUCUUUUCAAUAAUUGCUUCCAAUCGAUCCCCUCGUUUUGUUGCAUAUCUUCAAAUGACUCACCAUUGCUUCAUCAAUUACAAAGUCGAUAAUGAUCAUACCUCAAGAAUUUCCCUCGAAUCUUUCCAUGACGCUCUCUUGGACGGCGGCGCUUCUCCUUCAAUGACUAUUCAUCUUCUCGCAAACAUUAAGCAAUUGAUCCUUAGAUUUGAAUCUUCGAGCCAUGCCCCGAAAGUGCAUCAUGAAUUGUCAUUGACACCGUCGCAAGAAGAAGAUCUAGGAGAAGUUGAUUAUGCAAAAUUUUUCUCAAUUGAUUCGAAGGAUUUAAGGCGUGUUAUAAGAAAUUUACCUAUAUUCCACGGGGACUCAAUAUGUGUUACUGCAACGGGGUCACAAGUCAAAUUCUCUAUUGCUUCUAAAGAGAUUGUUCUUACUAAAGAGUGGAAGCCUCAUAUGAUAUUCUUUAUUAAAAAAUUAGAUGUAAAAGCGUUGAGAGCCCUUGUUGCUGGUUAUGAACCCCCAAUAGUUACUAUAGAUGGAGUGUCUGUACCAAAACCCGAGGUUAACUUGAUAGAAGCUGAAGAACAGGCAUCAGUUGGGAAUGCUAGAGCCCUAAAUGCUAUAUUCAAAGGUGUUGAUCUAACAUGUACAAACUUAUAA